UAGCGCUGGGCUGGGCUGGGCGGGGCGGGGCAGGCAGCAGGCGGCACGGCAGGCAGGCAGCAGCAGCAGCAGGCGACAGGUGGCAGUGCGGCGCGUGGCGGGGCAGCAGGUGGGCUGCUGAGCCUCGCGCCGCUGCCAAGGGCUUCCUCGCCGCCUCGACAGUUGUCUGCCCUACCCUGGCCUACCCUACACCCUACCUCGAGCGCGGCAGCCCCAGCCUUGCACGCGGGAAGGAUGCCCUAUCAGGGAGACAGACAUCCGGACAGACCACAGGGCAGAUUCACCACUGAUUUCUCUUACCUCAGAAAAUUACCCGGGGCCCUGAUUCUCGUACAGCUGGUGUGUGCCUUUCUUGGGUUCACGCUCGCCGCUGCCGGCAGUGCGGUGUGGCGGGUCAGACGGGGUCAUGCAUUCUUCACCUUUGUGUCCUUCAUGAGUAUGCUGAGCUGCGUGUGUUGGGUGGCGGUGCGUGUCUUUCAACUGGAGGCCCUGUUCAAGAGGGAGAUCAACUGGAAUGUGGUGGGGUUGGUUUAUAACGGACUAAAUGCCUUCUUCCUCAUGGUGGCGAGCUGCCUGAUGGUGGAGGCGGCCUCUUCUGCCCGGACUCUGCGGGCUGCCGGGGUGUUCGGGUUCCUGGGCUUCUCGGCGUUCCUGUCCGGCCUGGUGUGGGAGGCAAUCGUUUGGCGCUCCAACAGAGACUCCGGGCCAGGCUUCUCCACCGCCACUGUCGUUAGCGGAUUAGAAAGAAGCCGAACGCCAGAUAGCGAACAGAGUGGCGGAAUAGCGGAGACAGAGGGGCCAGGCGGGGCAGAGGUCAACUUCGUGGGCAUGAAGGCCCGUCCUGUUUCAUCAUUCAUGGAGCAGUCCGGGCACAUCGCAGGAGUGUCGACACCCAUGCUGGUGGUGCCCCGGGCCGAGGAGGAGGACAGUCACUCCUCCCAGCGCUCCUCCGCCGCCUCCUCCGUGCAGGGCGAGUGGCAGAUGCCUUCGUCAGAGCCAGCAUAGCAUCUGUCGGCACUCAUGGCUCCAGAAAUGUACAAAUGACUAAAAAUAUAAGCUUGAUUUUGUAAUGAUGAAAUUUAUAUGAGAGAAAGAAGCUGAAAGUAAUAACUAACCAAAGCUGUGUGUGUGUGUAUGUGUGUGUGUGUGUGUGUGUGUUGUGAAGCAAUGCGAUUCAGCACUGCCAGUCAGCCUUUCCCUUCUUAUAAAUGAUAUAUCAUAAAAAAAUAAAUAAGUAAAGAAAUGAAUGCAUAUAUAGGUAAACAAUACCUUGUCUGGUAAAUCUAAGUCAAUAUCUAUAGUGCUGCUGAUUUUUUUUUCUCGGGUCGUUUCCUUUUAAUGUUGAUUCAGAAGAGAUAUUUUUCUUCACUUGGAAUAUGUAUAUUCCAGUAGCUUUCCAGACUUUCCACUUCGAAGCUUUCUCUGUAUGUUGCUAUUGACAUUUUUUUUCAAUCAUGGGUGUGUAAUAAGGUUUUGAUACUCCACAACUGAUUUUAUACUCGAAGCAAAUAUGUGAAGUAAGGUGUCCGAAAUAUUAUUUCUAACACAAGAUAAUAAUAAAAGGACAAAACUA